GAGAGAGACAGAGAGAGAGAAGAGAAACUAGCAGACAUAUAAAUAAUAGAGAGAGAAGAAAGGAGAGAGAGAGAGAGAGAGAGAGAUAGCUCGCAUUUUCAUUUUCUUCUUUUUUUUUCCUUUUUCAAUACUAUUCUUUCUUUUUUGUUGUUACAGACAUUCGGAGAUGGUGGAUGGGGCUCAGCCGGCGGACGCCAUCAUGUCGGAGGCGGAGCCGCAGUCGACGCCUCCGCAGCAGCAGCCGUCGAAUGAUCACAUACCUGCGACGCUUAGCCACGGCGGACGAUUCAUCCAAUACAACAUCUUUGGCAAUAUCUUCGAGGUUACCUCUAAGUACAAACCCCCAAUCAUGCCCAUCGGAAAAGGCGCAUACGGCAUCGUUUGCUCGGCUUUGAAUUCGGAGACGAAUGAAAAUGUAGCGAUUAAGAAGAUAGCAAAUGCUUUUGAUAAUAAAAUUGAUGCCAAGAGGACUCUGCGCGAGAUCAAGCUUCUGCGCCACAUGGAUCAUGAAAACAUUGUGGCAAUAAGAGAUAUAAUCCCACCACCGCAAAGGCAAGCAUUUAAUGAUGUUUACAUUGCAUAUGAACUUAUGGAUACGGAUCUCCAUCAAAUCAUCCGUUCUAAUCAAGCUUUGUCAGAGGAGCACUGCCAGUAUUUCUUGUACCAGAUCCUUCGCGGGUUAAAGUACAUACAUUCUGCAAAUGUUCUGCACAGGGAUUUAAAGCCAAGCAAUCUUCUCCUGAAUGCAAAUUGUGACUUAAAGAUAUGUGAUUUUGGAUUGGCACGAAUCACUUCUGAAACGGAUUUUAUGACAGAAUAUGUUGUUACAAGGUGGUAUCGGGCACCGGAGUUGUUGCUGAAUUCAUCUGAUUAUACUGCAGCUAUUGAUGUAUGGUCAGUGGGGUGUAUUUUCAUGGAACUGAUGGAUCGGAAGCCACUAUUUCCUGGUAGAGAUCAUGUGCACCAGUUGCGCUUGCUGAUGGAGCUAAUUGGCACCCCAUCAGAGGCUGAGUUAGGUUUUCUGAAUGAAAAUGCAAAAAGAUAUAUUCGACAACUCCCUCCUUAUCGCCGACAGUCAUUUGCUGAUAAGUUUCCUCGUGUGCACCCUCUUGCUAUUGAUCUUGUCGAGAAAAUGCUGACAUUUGAUCCUAGGCAAAGGAUUACAGUGGAAGAUGCGUUGGCCCAUCCAUACCUGAACUCACUGCACGACAUAAGUGAUGAGCCUGUUUGUAUGACUCCUUUUAGCUUUGACUUCGAGCAGCAUGCAUUGACUGAAGAUCAGAUGAAGGAACUGAUUUAUCGGGAGUCUCUUGCAUUCAAUCCCGAAUAUCAGCAAAUGUGAAGAAUCAUUCGUUAAUCUCUUUACUGUGUGGAUUUCUUGUAAUGCUGUGGUACUCAUGUUGUAUCUGGACUUCAUCGAUUUCAUGUAUAUACUUGUCCAUCCGAAACAUGGAUGGCUUUAAUCUACAACAUUUGGCGAUGACAUAAA